GCUCAGCAGCUUUCCUCCAGUCCUCCGGCAGACCGGAGCGGGGACGGAUCGUGAGCGGCGUUGCGGCGUGUCUCUCACCGUGAGAAACUUCUCGGACACGGAACAUUUUGUUUUAACCUUCCGCUGCUGUUUUGGCCUUCUCCUUUUUUGGUGUUUAAUUGAAAUGACGCGAGAAGAAAACGAGUAAAAAGACGGAGAAGUGGCGGCGCGGCUCUCCAUCAGCUCUACCUUGUGCUCACUUCGCACCUACUCUGAGCGUUCCGGCUCCCAGCCAGCAGAAGAUGAGAAGCUGCCAAUGAGCAAAUGCUUCGAUAAGUACCAGCCAUGGCCGCCCAUCGAAUCAUCAGAGUGACAAACAACAACCACGUCCUCCCUCGCUGUAAGUCCGAGGGGACGCUCAUCGACCUGAGCGAAGGCGUCACUGGAGCCAGUCUCAACGAUGUCAAAGUGCCUUCUCCCAGUGCCUUAAGGCUGGACACAUCAGCCUCCUAUGGAGAUGCACAGGAAGUGGUCGCCAUAAAAGAUUAUUGCCCCAGCAGCUUCACCACGCUGAAAUUCUCCAAAGGUGAUCACCUCUACGUGCUGGACACAUCAGGUGGAGAGUGGUGGUACGCCCACAACAACACAGAAAUGGGCUACAUCCCGGCCGCCUACGUCCAGCCGGUCAACUUCAGGAACUCCUCACUUAGCGACAGUGGGAUGAUUGACAGUCUUGGGGAAGGAUAUGAGGAUGGGUCUAAGGAGUUUGGAGGUUUGGGGGAAUGGACAGGGAUGGCCCUUAAGCCCUCCCCAAUUUACAACAGCAGUCCCUUUUCUGUGAACCCCUUCAUCUGUCAGCCUGAUCAAAACAGCAAAGAUGCAGGUGGAAGGAACCCAGCAGACCUUAUUCUGUUUGAUGCACUGGCACCUCAGUCAUCUUGCUCCAACUUUAGCACUAGUGCAGUCAUGACAAAUGGGUUCAGCAGCUGCCAUGUUAACAAUACAACCCCCACCAGCUUAAACCAAGAGACUCUACCUAACCUCCAUAGGGAUAACCCAUUUUUCAGGAGUAAACGUUCCCACAGCCUCUCUGAACUGUCAGUCCUGCAGGCGCAGUCGAAUCCAACCUUACCCUCUUCAGGAUUCUUCACAGGUCUUAAGGCUCCCUCCCCAGAGCAGUUUCAGAGCAGGGAGGACUUCAGGACUGCUUGGUUGAACCACAGAAAGCUAGCCCGGUCUUGCCAUGACCUUGACUCCCUGGGCCAAAGUCCUGGAUGGGGCCAGACGCAGCCAGUGGAGACCAAUAUUGUGUGUCGGUUGGACUGUAACGGCGGAGUAGUUCAGCUCCCAGACACCCACAUCAGCGCACAUAUCCCCGAAGGCCAUGUCAGCCAUGGAGACUACCAGCAGAUCUCCAUGAAAGCCUUACUAGACCCUCCUCUGGAGCUCAACAGUGACCGCUGCACCACUGUUAGCCCCGUGGUGGAGGUCAAGCUCAGCAACAUGGAGACCAAGUCCUUUAUCACGUUGGAGAUGAAAGUAUUGGUAACUGUCAAGAAAGAAAGUUGUCACAGUGCAGAGGUUCUUUGUGUUAGAAGUGACUGCAAAGAAGGGCCUUACACACCCAUUCCUAAUGCUUACAUUUACAAGGAUACAAUCCAGGUGCAGCUGGAUAGUCUAGAGCCUUGUAUGUAUGUGGCCGUGGUGGUUCAGGCACAGUACAUCAGCCACAAUACGACUGUUUGGGACCAUGUGCAGAGGAAAGUAACUCUGGGCGUCUAUGGCCCCAAGCACAUCCACCCUUCCUUUAAGACGGUCGUGGCCAUGUUUGGGCAUGAUUGUGCCCCCAAGACGUUGUUGGUAAGCGAGGUGGGCCGGCAGGCUAGUUCCAACCCACCAGUGGCCCUCCAGCUGUGGGGGAAGCACCAGUUCAUGCUGGGGUUCCCUCAGGACCUCCAGGUGGGAUUGUACUCCAACAUGUCCAACUACCAGGUGAAGGCAAGUGAGGGUGCUGGGGUGAUUCAGGGAUUUCAGGUCAAACUUGGUAAAGUCAGCAGGUUGUUAUACAUGAUCACAUCACUCAACCCCAACAGCAUUUCAGACUUCACUCUCAGGGUCCAAGUCAAGGAUGCUCUCGACUGUAUCCUCACCCAGUUCUGCGUCCAAACUCCACAGCCGCCGCCAAAGGCUGGAGCGAGGGUAACGGGCCAGAGGAGGUUUCUGAAAAAGAAAGAGGUGGAUAAGAUUGUCCUCUCACCACUGGCUGUCACUUCCAAGUACCCAAAGUUUCAGGACCGGUGCAUUACCAACCUUAAGUUUGGCAAAUUGAUAAAAACAGUAAUUAGGCAGCACAAGAGCACUUAUCUGUUGGAGUAUAAGAAGGGGGACGUGAUUGCGUUGCUCAGUGAGGAGAAAAUCAAACUGCGAGGGCAACUGCGGACCAAAGAGUGGUACAUUGGGUACUAUCAGGGAAAGAUAGGCCUUGUCCAUGCCAAGAAUGUUUUAGUUCUGGGUAAGGUCAAGCCCAUUUAUUGGUGCGGUCCAGACCUAACGACCAUGAUGCUGCUGGAGCAGAUCCUGAAGCCUUGCAAAUUUCUUACAUACAUCUACGCAACAGUGAGGACAGUUUUGAUGGAGAAUGUGGGCAACUGGAGGGCCUUUGCCGAUGCCCUGGGUUAUGGGAAUUUGCCUCUGAAUUAUUUUUGCCGGACCGAGCUGGACAAUGAGCCUGAAAAGGUGGCGUCGGUCCUGGAGAAACUCAAAGAGGAGUGUACCAAUACGGAGAACAAGGAGAGGAAGUCCUUCCAGAGGGAACUCAUGAUGGCUUUGUUGAAGAUGGACUGCCAGGGUCUGGUUGCCAGACUGGUCCUGGACUUCGUCUUGCUGACCACGGCGGUGGAGGUGGCGUCUCGGUGGAGGGAGCUGGCCGAGAAGCUCGCCCGAGUGUCCAGACAGCAGAUGGAGGCUUACGAGGCUCCACAUCGCGACAAGAACGGCUUACUGGACAACGAGUGCAUGUGGAAGCCCGCCUACGACUUCCUCCUCACCUGGGCCGCCCACGUGGGGGACAGCUACCGAGACGUGAUCCAGGAGCUCCACCUCGGCCUGGACAAGAUGAGGAACCCCAUCACCAAGAGGUGGAAGCACCUGACCGGCACGCUCAUCCUGGUCAACUGCCUGGACACCCUUCGCAGUUCCGCCUUCUGUCCCGUCGGAUACGGAGAUUUCGCUGUGUGAACGUUUUCUAAAAGCCUGUCUCGUUGGGAGCUGCUGGGACGCUGUAGUACCUGGUCCUUGGAUGUACCUGGAGAUUAGCUGAUGCCGUUGAACUUUCGUUGUUUUUGUCCUGGAUGGUUCAACAGGACACAGAGUUCGGGAUGGACGUCACGGAUAUUUGAUCGCCCUGUUCGGGGUGUCUGGUAAAUUUCCAGGCUUUCGAUCUUCAGGUCAGACCUCCUGGAUUUGGAGUCUCGGAUUGGCAUCGUGGUUUUUGUUGGGCGUUUUCUGGGAGUGUGUGACAGGAGGAUCUGCCUCUUCCUGUUUUUUUUGCCUCUUAAUGUUCAUCCUGCUUUCUUCUUGCUUUUUUCUUCUCCAGCGCUUUUCUACCUCAUCCUUCAUCUUCUUCUGUCUUUCUCAUCAGGUUUUCUUUGUCUGUCUUUUGUUAUUCUUUAACCUUUUUUUUGCUAUCCUGUUUUCCUUUUUCUUCAGUUAAAUAAAGUUCGCUCUUUUUCCUUCGCCCUCAGGAUGUCAGAGACCUCCAACCAUACGAGCUGUGAACUUUGACCUUCCCACCAUCUUUGAAAGCUGAUUUGACCCCCACGUUUAACCAAAUUCUGAACAUGAACAACUUUUUUGGCAGUUUUUGUAUUUGUACUGCCUCUCGUUGGCCUUUUUGUACUGAACAGGGCAGAGAAGAAUUCAAAGUUUCAUACGUUCAGACAUCAACAUUAUUUGUCAGUAAUUAGCUUGCCAAAAACAGUUAGCCUAAUGCUAACUUCACAUGUGACUCAGUGUAGUCCAUGCAGUGAAGGUACAGUAUGUCUGUGUAUGCAAGAUACACUUUUAUUUUUAAUACUUGCAAAACAAAACAGAAGGUGUAUUAUCGGCAGUGUAUGUACUGUUGUUGGUUUUUCUUGUGUAUUUUCCAUCAUAUUUACGCUGGUGUGACAAAUUCUGUGCUUAAAAGUCAAAAUUACAAUCUGAUCGUUCUGUUCUGUUCAGCUGAAAACAAACAAAAACUCAGCACAACAUUCAAAUCCAGUUCUCUGUGCAAAAGCUAACGCUACACACUUCAGUUGGCGGCGUUAGCAGGCUAGUUAGCAAGCUAACGCUCAGGAUGUGCGUCUAAUAUUUUUCCAGAGUUAUAGUUGUUGCACAUGCAAAUGUUUUGAUUUAUCAGAGACUGAGAUAAAAUUUAUUUCAGUAUAACAAAUGGAAAAAAAUUUGUGCAAACAGUAGACGCCACCACGAUGACCGGAAAACUCGAUCCUGACAAAAUCUAACUGACUAAAAUCCUUUUCUUGUACGUUUUGCAGGAGGCAUUGAAGGACACCACAGUUUGCUUUCUGAUGAAAUGAAAUGUGACUUUAAACUGUGAAAACUGUCAGAAAAUAUGUAGUUUUUGUUAAAUUUAUAUUUGAAGAAGCCUUUCGUCUUUGAUUUUGCGAUCUCGGCAAGUUUAAUCAAGCGGCUUUGACGCGUCUGUUGUUCAUUCCUUCGUCUGCUUUGGUUUUAGUCCUUCGCUCUGCUGUUUUUCCCGUCUCCUCUCAGUAUGUUUUGUGACUGCUGUAAUGUUCCUCUGCGUGUUUGGGAUAUGCACAGAAAAUGUGCGAGGAGUUUAUAUAUUUGUACCAAUCGCCGAUUGAGUAUCGACGUGUUCGGAAGUGAAGUCGAACCAGCAGAUCUGAAAUGUGCUCAGUGUUUCUGUUCAGAAGGUUUCAAUAAAACACUGAAAACAGCACAUAA